AUGCCACAACGCACAGCAGAAUAUGGCACUCUUUCUAGGGACCAAGACUGCCUGGCAGGAGCCCCGCUGGUGGCAGGCCUGUCGCACUCGGCGACCAUCCGCCUGGGCAGCGCCCCUUCAGUCAUCCUCCGCUCAGCCCCGGCGUUCUCGAACCCCCCUUCGAACCCCAUCGCCACCGCGACUGCGAACCCACGCGCGGCGACAUCCCUGGAGAGCAGCAAUGCCCCGACUGCCGCCAUAAACCAGUCGCGCCACCGUCACGACGGCGAGCGGCGUCAGCAGCUGCCUCCUCCUCGACCUCCGGUGAUGACGGUGAUGAGGGUGAUGACGGCUGUGGCGGCAGGAGGUAGUGGCGGAAUGGGAGGCGGCAUUGCGGCCGCUGAGACCCCGACCCCGGCGGCAGCGGUGGCGGUGGCGACGGCGCUAAAGAGCCGGCUUUUCGCAGCGUCGAGGUCAUCGACGGGGGGACCUGUAGCUGACGGGGCAUUGUCGCCGGCGGUAGCUGGUGAUGACGAUGGCGGGCGGCUGCCGCCGCGCUUGCUGUCGCCUCCGCCGCCUCCCCCGCACCGCCAGCGGUUUUACAGGUCCCCGGGAUUUGCUUCGGGGCGGUCCGAACCGACACGGGUUUGUCGUACUGUACGAGAAGCGGCACCCGGAGCCGCGAUCGGCGAGACGGUAGCAGCGGGAAGAGGGAUAGGGGGGGCGGAUGGGCAGCGCCCGGCUUCCGCCCAUCCUCCCCGCCAUCGUCGCUCGCAUCUACGGGGCCGUCCAGACCGAAACCACAAACAACGUCACCAGCAUCAACAACAGGAGCAGCGAAAACAAGAGGGUGCGGCCGCCCGAGUGCCGUACGGGCGCCAUAGCCGUACUUCUGUACAGAUACGACAGCAUGUGCAGAAUCAAGGGUCGCCGGGGGCUCCUGGGCGACGGCAGCGGCUGCAGUUUCGGUUGCGGCAGGAUGGAACGGAUGUUGGCGAGGGACGGGUUCCUGCCGGCGGCGGGACAGAGGCCGUAGCGCCGUCGGCUGCUGCAGCCGCUGCCGUCCCAGCAGCAACGGCGGCGUCACUGUUUCCCGCCGUACAUGAACCCGGACUUUCGCGGACUUCAUCGGAGCCGCCAACGGCGGAAGCGCCGCAGCUCACGGGGAAGUCGCUGGCGGCGGCGGCGGCGGCAGCGGCCCCGCCCAACGUACGACACUCGGAGACCCGCGCGUCCUCACUUUUUGAGGGGGCCCCCGUGCGACCUGGGAUUGAAGAUGCCGCUGCUGAGCGGGAAGGCAGAGCAGGGAAGGUGCACGAUUCGGGGGAGCCAUCGACGUCGUACGACAGCACUGUCGUACCGCUAGGACUGCAGAUGUCGGGGUGGCGGCGGCGGCGCCUUGUGGCGCUGUUUCCGGUGCCAAGGCCGCAUCGUAGAAAGCGGAGAGCCUUGGCUAGGGCCGCCGCCGCCGCAGCAGCAGCAGCGGCGGCGGCACCCGGCGGCGCCGGAAGCGGCGCCGGUGGCGGCGGCCUGGGUUUGCGGCGCGGUCGAGAACGCUUCAACUUUUCCUUCACGGUGUCUCGAACGUCCCACAUCCCCAUCGGCUUUGGUCGACUGGCGGCGGGGAUCCUCCCGCCGACGCCGACGCCGUACCAGCAUCCGUUGGCGGGAGAUGCCGUAUCGGCGUCGUCGUCGCCGCCGCUAGUGCGACCGCAAUCCUGUCCACAGCUCGAGGAGGUGACACCGCCAGCAGCGCCGCCGACUACGCCGUUGAGACCGGAAUGGCUGUCGAUUCCACUUCCCCCGGCCGCCGACGGCCCGUAUAUGGGCGACGGCAUCUUUUCCAAAUCGCCACUCCCACUAUCAACAUCCACAUCAACAUCAACAUCAGGAUCGUCAACAUCGGUGUCCCCGGUCCCCGCACAGCCGGGGGGUGGUCCCUGUCCCCCUCAGAGCGCUGCAGCCUCUCCUCGGGCCCCUCGGGGGGGGUUGACAGGGCGGCCGGAAGCGCCGGAAACAGCAGCGGCGGCGGCACCGAACAGUCCCACGAAUCAUGUUGCAGUAAGGCUUGAGAGUGCGGCGGCGGCAGCAGCAGCAGCAGCAGAGCAGUCAGAGCGGCGCGCACGGUUAAGAUCGGCCUCGGAAGAGAUGCCAUCGGCGGCGGCGGUGGCGGCGCUGCUACAGCCCGCGACGCCGCCGCCAUCAUCAUCGUCCUCGCUGCUCGCCGCGCCGUCGUUUGUGCUGUUCGUGGAGGAUGGGAAGAUGGUUCCGGAGCGGCAUCGUGUCGUAGUGUACCGGCUGUACGAUGGGCCCACGGGUCUUGAUUGGGUCUGGCGGCCCCUGGUGCGCGUCACCCCCGCCGGCUGCAUGGGAAAGGACCUCCUCGCUGUCGCAAUCCCAGCGGCGCCCAGUCCUGCCGUACAUGCUACUAUGGCUGGCUCUCAUGCUACUGCCGGUGCGGCGGCGCCGGCGGGCGGCGAGUCACGGGCGCCUGCCGCUGGCGCGACUGGGACUGCGGCCACCGCGGCGUCUCUGGAGUUCUACCUGGCGGCGACGCCACCGCCGGGAGUGCCGUCGGCUCCUGACGCCGCCGACAACGACAUGCCUCGGAACGGUGGCGGCGGCGCUGACAGGGUGGUUGAUACAUGGGCGCCGCCGCCGCCGCUGGCCGCGACGCACCGCUCCGAGUUCUUCCGGAGCGACGGCGGCAGUAGCAGACUCGUCCUGCUGCAGCCGACGGCGCAUUGGCAGUUGCACCGAAACCAACGAGGUGAAACAACGGCCAACGACCAAUCCCAACAGAUAAACAUACGGCAGCAGCAGCAGAUGACGGCGACACCACAGCAGCAGCAGCAACGUGAAAAACGGCUGCAGGCCGCCGCCGCCGCCGCCGGCGGCGGCGGAAGCGUUCAUAGUAACGGCGGCGCCGAUGAUGGUGGUAGCGGUGGUUCUACUGCCGCUGCUACUGCUUCCGUACAUUCCGUACUGGCGGCUCAACCAAUCUUACGUCACGAUAUAGCCCUGGUGGUAGAUGCGAGCAGCCUCUUGGGUACGGCUGUGGGCUCCCGCGGGCGGGGCUACGAGCGGUCGGCGCUGCAGCUGCGGCUGCUGUGGGAGGGCAGUCUGCGGGUUCGCGGCGGGUUGCUGGUACUGGCCACUAGCAGGACGUUGAGGUCGUUGGAGCUGGACUGGCGCGACAAGCAGGCUUUCCUACCACAGCCCGACGUGAUGUUGCUGGCGCUCGGGACGCAAGUGGCGUACCGUUUAGGGGUAACGCCUGCGGCGGCGGCGGCGGCGGCGACGCGGCGGCGGCGGCGGGGGCGGGGAGUACGUGCGUCGUGUGGUGACGCAGGCGACAGCGAGUGUGCGGUCGCCGCCGGUUGGCAGUUGGACGAGCAAUGGUCCGAGCAUCUGGACAUGUCGUACGAUGCAGCCGCUGUGCGGCGCGCGGUCGAUUGUGUCGUACGGCAGUACGACGGGGUGAAGAUUGCGGCGGCGACGUUGGUGGCGGCUCUGCCGUCGUCUCGUGCGGAUGUGACGGCUUUGCGCCAUGUCUCCAACCAACAACAGGUUUGUACGGCGGAUACGACAGCAGCGCCACAGGUACUUCCAUACCGGCACAGUUGUACGGCCUCUGCUGGCCGUCCUGCCGUGUCGUACGGGCUUGACAGGCUUCAGACCCGUCAUGUGGUCUGCUUAGAAUUACACAGCUCUUUGGUUGCGCACGUGGUGUACGACAUUCGUAAACGGCUUCUCAAUACAACGGCAGCAGCGGUCGCCGCCGCCGCCGUCAGCCCUGUUGGCUCCGAAGCCGCUGUAGGAGGGCUGCAGGCGGACACGGAGGUGACGGAGGCGCCGCCGCUAACCAACGGCGCUGCUAGCGGCGGCGGCGACGCUGCUGCUGCCGCCGCCACCUUAGGGGUGAGGUUUGAGGUACAGCCCCGCGGGUCACGCGGCGAGUGGUGUACGUUGUAUGUACUGCCGGCGGGGGCGGGAAAGGCCGCCGCGCUGCGUUACGUGAUGCGCCGCUUUGGCAUCGACGGCGCCGCGACGGUGGCGGUGGGAGACACAGAUCGUGACGCGGAGCUGCUGGCGGCGGCGGGGGGCGCCGCUGUGGUCGCGGCAGUCCGGCCACCAGCGGCACUCCGGCAGCUGCUGACGGCGGCGGACGGUACGACAGCGACGCCGCCGCUGACGUCCUCAGGAGCGGCAGCGCCCGCAAGCGGCAACUGUUGCCGCCAGCACCAAGCUACUGCCGGAGGAUGGGAACCCGCCGCCGCCGCCGGCAGUACGAACUCUGGCGGCGGCAGUAGCAGCGGCAGCAGGAGCGUCGUCGUACACGUCGCCCGGCGGGGUCCCGACGGCAUCCUGGAGGGUCUGCGAUUGCUGGAGCUGUUUUAG